CAGAAGUCUGUGCGAGGGGGCCGGCGCGGUCCGAGAGAUGGCGGCGCCGGAUCCCGGGCGGUGGGGCGAGUGUGGACCGCGACCGCCCGGCCGACUGAGCGCUCGGGGUGGACAGGAGCCAGGGACCGUGCUGGGUGCGGUGGGCAUGAUGGACCUGGCCUACGUGUGUGAGUGGGAGAAGUGGGCCAAGAGCACGUACUGCCCGUCGCUGCCCCUGGCCUGUGCCUGGUCCUGCAGGAACCUCAUCGCCUUCACCACGGACCUCCGAAAUGACGACCAGGACCUAACACACAUGAUCCAUAUCCUAGACACGGAGCAUCCCUGGGAAGUGCACUCUGUCAACUCUGGCCACAGUGAGGCCAUCACCUGCCUGGAAUGGGACCAGUCAGGCUCCCGGCUCCUGUCGGCCGAUGCUGAUGGGCGGAUCAAAUGUUGGAGCAUGGCUGACCACUUGGCCAACAGCUGGGAGAGCUCCGUGGGCAGCCAGGUGGAGGGGGACCCCAUUGUGGCUCUGUCGUGGCUGCACAACGGUGUGAAGCUGGCGCUGCACGUGGAGAAGUCAGGUGCCUCCAGCUUCGGGGAGAAGUUCUCACGUGUAAAAUUCUCUCCAUCACUCACACUGUUUGGUGGCAAGCCCAUGGAGGGUUGGAUUGCAGUGACAGUCAGUGGCCUGGUGACUGUGUCCCUGCUGAAGCCAAGCGGGCAGGUGCUGACAUCCACGGAGAGCCUGUGCCGGCUGCGUGGCCGGGUGGCGCUGGCCGACAUCGCCUUCACGGGUGGCGGGAACAUUGUGGUGGCUGCUGCAGAUGGCAGCAGCGCGUCACCCGUGAAGUUCUAUAAGGUGUGCGUGAGCGUGGUGAGCGAGAAGUGCCGCAUUGACACGGAGAUCCUGCCCUCCUUGUUCAUGCGCUGCACCGCCGACCCCAACCGCAAGGACAGGUUCCCCGCCAUCACACACCUCAAGUUCCUGGCUCGAGAUAUGUCUGAGCAGGUGCUCCUGUGUGCGUCCAGCCAGAGCAGCAGCGUGGUGGAGUGCUGGUCCCUGCGGAAGGAGGGCCUGCCUGUGAACAACAUCUUCCAGCAGAUCUCGCCUGCGGUUGGUGACAAACAGCCCAUGAUCCUCAAGUGGCGGAUCCUGUCGGCCACCAACGACCUGGAUCGCGUGUCAGCAGUGGCCCUGCCCAAACUGCCCAUCUCACUCACCAACACGGACCUCAAGGUGGCCAGCGACACCCAGUUCUAUCCCGGCCUCGGCCUGGCACUGGCCUUCCAGGACGGCAGUGUGCACGUGGUGCAUCGGCUGUCGCUGCAGACCAUGGCCGUGCUCUACAGCUCGGCCCCACGCUCGCUGGAUGAGCCCGCCCUGAAGCGCCCCCGCACCACAGGCCCGGCCAUACACUUCAAAGCCAUGCAGCUGUCCUGGACGUCGCUGGCCCUGGUGGGCAUCGACAACCACGGGAAGCUCAGCAUGCUGCGUAUCUCUCCGUCGCUGGGCCACCCUCUGGAGCCCAAGCUGGCCCUGCAGCACCUACUGUUCCUGCUGGAGUACUGCAUGGUGACCGGCUACGACUGGUGGGACAUCUUGCUGCAUGUGCAACCCAGCAUGGUGCAGAGCCUGGUGGAGCGGCUGCAUGAGGAGUACACGCGCCAGAAGCCCGCCCUGCAGCAGGUCCUCUCCACCCGGAUCCUGGCAAUGAAGGCCUCGCUGUGCAAGCUGUCGCCCUGCACGGUGGCGCGUGUGUGUGACUACCACACCAAACUGUUCCUCAUGGCCAUCACGUCCACCCUGAAGUCACUGCUGCGCCCCCACUUCCUCAACACCCCUGACAAGAGCCCUGGGGACCGCCUGGCUGAGAUCUGUGCCAAGAUCACCGAUGUCGACAUCGACAAGGUCAUGAUCAACCUGAAGACAGAGGAGUUUGUCCUGGACAUGAACACUCUGCAGGCUCUGCAGCAGCUUCUGCAGUGGGUGGGGGACUUCGUGCUCUACCUCCUGGUCAGCCUGCCCAACCAGGGCUCCCCGCUGAGGCCAGGGCACAGCUUCCUGCGCGAUGGUGCCUCGCUGGGCAUGCUGCGGGAGUUGAUGGUUGUCAUCCGCAUCUGGGGCCUGCUGAAGCCCAGCUGCCUGCCCGUCUACACGGCCACCUCGGACACCCAGGACAGCAUGUCCCUGCUCUUCCGGCUGCUCACCAAGCUGUGGAUUUGCUGCCGUGACGAGGGCCCAGCCAGUGAACCUGACGAGGGCUUGGUGGAUGAGUGCUGCCUGCUGCCCAGCCAGCUGCUGGUCCCCAACCUGGACUGGCUUCCUGCCAGCGACGGCCUGGUCAGCCGCCUGCAGCCCAAACAACCCCUGCGCCUGCGCUUCGGCAGGCCGCCCACCCUGCCCAGCAGCUCCUCCACCCUGCAGUUAGACGGCCUUGCCAGGGCCCCUGGUCAGCCCAAGAUCGACCACCUCCGGAGGCUUCACCUGGGCGCUUACCCAACCGAGGAGUGUAAAGCCUGUACCAGGUGUGGCUGUGUCACCAUGCUGAGGUCACCCAACAAGACGACAGCCGUGAAACAGUGGGAGCAGCGCUGGAUCAAGAACUGCCUGUGUGGGGGGCUGUGGCGGAGAGUGCCCCUCAGCUGUCCCUGAGCAGACGCUGGGGCCUCGAGUCCCAUGGUCACACCCAGGCCACACACAGAGCUUGGAGGAGUUGGUCUGUGUUGUCCACCCUUCAAAAGGUCCACAAUCCAUAUGCCCCUGUCCAGGUUGGGGAUGUCGUCCUCAGUUUCCCUUUUAGGCCUAUAGGAGCGAAAGGUGGGCCCAAUAAAGUUCUCUUGUCGUCCAGGCCUAUUUAUCACCACAGUCCCCCCCACUCUUGCCCUCAGAUGUGCCCUAGCGGGCUCCCCCUCCCCACUGCCUCUCAUCUGGUUUCUGGCAGCCUUUGCUCUUGGUCCCCAGGGUCCUGCCUUCAGUCUCCCCGUAGCAUCUGCCCCUGCAGUCACUGGCAGCCAGGUCAGGCCUCGUGGAGCUGGGUAAUUGGUUUUGUUGUUCCCCCUGGCCCUGUGGAGCAGAGAGUACAGGCCAGUGGCACACAUGGCCCAGCCUGGGGAGGGCUGUGUUCAAGCCCUGGCUCCAGCUCACCGUGCUCCGACACAACCUGUGAGUGCAGCCAUAGCCAGACACGGUAGCAGGACCUGGACCUGGUGGGGACCCCCAACCUGGAACCUAUAUAGCUGGGGAUAACCUUGAACUCCUGUCUCUCCUUCAUGAGUGCUGGGAUAGCAGGCAGUGCUCCCAUUUCGUCCUAGAACACUGUGCAUCCAGAAGAGCCUGGGAGACCAGUGUGUCCCCUUCCUGUGAUGGCCACUGCUGGCCCUAGGGUACUGCCUCUGCCCACAGAAGCCAGCAGCAUGGUGUGGGGCGUGUUGGCCUUGCUCUAGCCAUCCUUGACUUCCCGUGGCCAGGAAGUUCCCUUCCUCCUCACCAGCCUACGUGGCUGCUCACAUCCUUUCUCUGCAGUGCUGGCCAUGUUAGUGGAUUCCAAGCCGUGUGGGAAACUGCAAGGAGCAGCUGAAUGACGGGUGUCGGGGUGUGAAGCACCCUGGGAUUGUGGGAUAAAUGGCAUUAAAAUGCUAGCCUCCCGAGGAGACACAACUGGGGCUUGCCUGUGCCCACCCCUCUGCUGGAGCCUGGGGAGGGCACACAGUAGGUGCUCAGUAAGUGCUUGUUCAUAAAGAUGAGCCUGCCUGGCAGAACCAGAAUCCAGGCCCAGGCUCCAGUUCUACUGCCAUUCCCAGCAAGGUCCUGAGACCUCUUAGGUGCUCAGUCUCCAAUCCUACGGGAGGCCAAGGGACUAUCGUUGUCUCAGUAUCUGUUCUCUGGGGAGAAAGGCAUGGGGCUUGACUCUGGGUUCUGCCCAUUGUCACCCGCAGGGGACCUGGGGUGCUGAUUCCACAGUUCUCCAGCCCAUGUGGCACUGCAGACAUCACUGACUCCCUCCUCAACGAAUCAGUGUGGGCUCUGGGUCGGAAUCCAGCCUUUGUUUAUGGCCUCUCUGUGCCUCAGUUUCCCCUUUUAGUGUUUAUGUCAACUUCAGAGCAUCUUGGCAGUGAUGUCUGACUUCUGUGGGGUAGGAGUGGGCCCGGCCCCAUGGUUCCCUGAAAGAGCACGCGCGCCUCCGUGUGGCUGAACACGGAACUACC